UUUUAUUUUGGCCCAUUCCUUGAUAUUGAAUGUUAGUGCCUUUGAUUUCCGCAGCCAUCAUCUGAUUAACAACGGUUGUCUGUGUUCACCACUCCCUCUCUUAUUCCCUCUCUCACUCUCAUAUCACCGAUAACAAGUAACAACCAUGCACAUCCUUUACCAAUUCUAACAAGAAACAGAGCAAGAGAGAGAGAUAGAGAGAGAUAGAGAGAGAAAGAGAGAGAGCGAUCCUGUUAAUUUGUUUCUGUCAGUCUCUCUCUGUGCCACAGUCAAUCAUCAAUUCAUCAUAACUAAGGUUUCAGUUUCACGCAAUCACCUUUUUCCAUCCUAUCCUUCUCUCUCCCCUUAACUGGUAAGGCUAACUCAUUUCAUUACGUCCUUCUUUUACACAUCACCUUAACCCUUUCUUCUUCUUCUUCUUCUUCUUCUUAAAACUACUUAUCAAAUCUAUUCAAUCGUUUUUCAUCUCUUAUAUCUCCCUAUCUCGAUCACUUAUCAAAAAUCAAAUCUACCUUCCUUCAUCAGAUCCUCGACUACCUUCAUAGUACGUAUAAAUAUUUAUAUAUAUAUAUAUAUAUAUAUAUAUAUAUAAACUUGUUAUUUUCAUUUCUCAAUCUCAAAAAACAAUUCAGAAAAUAUGGAUAAUAAUAGGGAAGGUGUUCAGAUCCAACAGAAUCGAAGGUUACCACUACCAGAUUUUCUUCAAAGUGUGAAUCUCAAGUAUGUGAAAUUAGGUUACCAUUACCUAAUCACACACCUUUUAACUCUCUGUUUAAUCCCUCUUAUGUCUGUAAUCAUAAUCCAAGUUUCUCAAAUGAACCCACAAGAUAUUCACCAACUCUGGCUUCACCUAAAGUACAAUCUCGUUAGCGUCAUAGCUUGUUCAACUAUCCUCGUUUUUGGAUCCACCGUUUACAUCAUGACCCGCCCUAGAUCCGUUUAUCUUGUUGAUUUCUCUUGUUACAAACCCCCUUCUAAUCUCAGUGUUAAAUUCACCAAAUUCGUUGAACAUUCCAGACUCAAAGGUGAUUUUGAUGAAUCUUCUUUAGAGUUUCAACGCAAGAUUUUGGAACGUUCUGGUCUUGGUGAAGAAACUUAUCUCCCUGAAGCUAUGCAUCAGAUUCCACCAACACCUUCUAUGGCUUCAGCUAGGGAAGAAGCAGAACAGGUUAUGUAUGGUGCUCUUGAUAAUCUUUUUGCUAAUACAAAGAUUAAGCCAAAAGACAUUGGUAUCCUUGUUGUUAAUUGUAGUUUGUUUAAUCCAACACCUUCACUUUCAGCUAUGAUUGUUAACAAGUAUAAACUUAGGGGUAAUAUAAGAAGUUUCAAUUUGGGUGGUAUGGGUUGUAGUGCUGGUGUUAUAGCUAUUGAUCUUGCUAAAGACAUGCUUCAAGUUCAUAGGAACACUUAUGCUGUUGUUGUUAGUACUGAGAACAUUACUCAAAAUUGGUACUUUGGGAACAAGAAAUCAAUGUUGAUUCCGAAUUGUUUGUUUCGCGUUGGCGGGGCGGCGGUUCUGCUCUCUAACAAAGGAUCUGAUAGAAGAAGAGCAAAGUAUAAGCUUGUUCAUGUUGUGAGAACUCAUAAAGGUGCUGAUGAUAAAGCAUUUAAGUGUGUUUAUCAAGAACAAGAUGAUGUUGGUAAAACAGGUGUGUCUUUGUCAAAAGAUCUUAUGGCUAUUGCUGGUGGUGCUCUUAAAACUAAUAUCACAACUUUGGGUCCUCUUGUUUUGCCAGUGAGUGAGCAACUUUUGUUUUUUACAACAUUAGUUGUUAAGAAGCUUUUUAAUGCAAAAGCUAAGCCUUAUAUACCUGAUUUCAAGCUUGCUUUUGAACAUUUCUGCAUACAUGCUGGUGGAAGAGCUGUGAUUGAUGAACUUGAGAAAAAUUUACAGCUUUUGCCUAUGCAUGUUGAGGCAUCUAGAAUGACUUUGCAUAGGUUUGGGAACACUUCAUCAAGUUCAAUUUGGUAUGAGUUGGCUUAUAUUGAAGCUAAAGGGAGAAUGAGAAAAGGUAACAGAAUUUGGCAGAUUGCAUUUGGAAGUGGUUUCAAGUGUAACAGUGCUGUGUGGCAGGCUAUGAAACAUGUGAGGGCUUCAUCAAAGAGUCCAUGGGAAGAUUGCAUUGAUAGGUACCCUGUUGAGAUUGUUACAUAGUUGGAUUGAUAGUUUUAGAAGUAUGAAUUAAUUAAUUAGAGAAGGGUCAUUUGCACAUUUAUCUUCCAUUUGUUUCAAAAUUUAUUUGGGUCAGUGAUCUCUGCUUUAGAAGUCAGUGUUACUUGGUCCAAAACUAGGUUGCUUGAGUUCUAGUUAUUCAACCAUUAUCUUGGGUAAUUAUUUAUGCAGAGUAGUGUCGAUAUGAUUGAGUAUUUGUUCAUUCAAACUACUAUGCAUUGAAGUAUACUUUUUCUGUCUCAUUAUAAUUAAGUGUUAUGUUCAAAAUA